AAGACUUCAGCCUAUGGGCUCAGGUGCCCCAGCUCGCCAGCUUGGGCCCCUAGCGCCGCCACUCUCUCUGGUUCCGCUUCAGCUGGCGGCGACCACAUGCAGCCCGGCCACGACAGCAUCAAGGUGUGCGUUCGGGUGCGACCUAUCAACGCCACCGAGAAGCGAAAUGGAGCCUCCGAGGCAGUGAGGUGCGCAGGCGAGCGAGGGGGCAGCCUGCAGUUGGUGCCUCGGGGCAGAAAGCCCGUCGUGCACUCCUUCGAUCACGUGCUGGCCCCGGCUUGCGGGCAGGAUCAGGUCUUCGAGCACCUCGGACAGCCUGUGGUGCAGAGCGUGGUGAACGGAUUCCACGGGUGCGUGUUCGCGUACGGGCAGACGGGCGCCGGCAAGAGCCACACCGUCUUCGGCGGAGGGAGCGGGGACCGGGGGCUGCUGCCCCGCAUCGCGGAGGGCCUGUUCUUGCAGCUGGCCCGCGAGACGCAGGACGAGCACAUGGUGCGGCUCUCGUACCUGGAGCUGUACAACGAGAAGGUCCGCGACCUGCUCCAGGCCGCGCCCUCGCAGGGCCGGGGCCUCCGAGAGCCCGCCUCGCUGGAGAUCCGGGAGCAUCCCCGGUUCGGCGUGUUCAUCGAGGGGCUCACCAAGAGCACCGUGCAGAGCGCGGCGGACGUGUCGCAGCUCCUGGACUUUGGGCACAAGAUCCGCGUGGUGGGCUGCACGAACAUGAACGCGGUCUCGUCGCGGUCCCACGCGGUGGUCACGCUGCACGUGGAGAGGAAGGUGGUCGGCACUGCCCAGGCGGCUCUUCGGCGGGCCCACCUGCACGCCGUGGACCUGGCGGGCUCCGAGAGGAUGAAGCAGCUCGGCAACAACGAGCAGAGGCAGAAGGAGAGCCAGCAGAUCAACAAGAGCCUGGCUGCCCUGAGCCACAUGAUCUCGUGCUUGGCAGCGCGGGAGCACAAGGGAGCGAAAAGCGAUACGCACAUCCCCUACCGCAACAGCAAGCUCACCUUCUUGUUGUCUGGGUCGUUGAUGGGCAAUUGCAGGACGGCCAUGUUGGCUUGCAUCUCCCCCAGCGCCGAUUGCCUAGAGAUGACGGAGUCGACGAUCCGCUUCGCAGAAUCCGUCAAGAAGCUGCACACCAAGCCGGUGCAGAACGAGGAGUUCGAGGCAGACCUCAUCCGCAUGUUGCAGGCUGAGAUCGAGACACUGAAGCAGCAGCUCCAGUCGACGGCAGCCUCAUCGGACGUGGGCAGAGACAUCCAGGAUCAGAUCCAGGCCACCCAGGGCAUCCAGCAGGAGUUCACGCGCUCCUGGGACGCAGAGCGGCGGCUGGCCGUGGAGGCGAACCGGCAGCGGCGCAUGACCCUCGCGAAGAUCAGCGGCUGGCCCCCAGGGGAAGGCACGGACGUCUCGCUGGCCUCCACGUCGGAGCUCGUGAACGUGGAGGGCAGCUGCUUAUCCGCCGCAUCCAAAGAAGGUGGUCCGGCCGCAGCGAGCCCCUACCUCGUCACCGUUUGCGACGACCCGCUGCUGUCAGGCAGGAUGCGGUACUGGCUGACACCUGGCAAGGUGCUGCUGAUCGGAAGCGACCCUGCCUGCGACAUCUGCAUAGACGGCAUGGGCACCCAACCCGAGACCUGCUCCGUGCGUUGCGUCGACAAUUGCACGCUGGAGGUGCACCGCUCCAGCCAGCAGCCGUCGCAGUCCCCCUUGUUGCCUACUGCUGGCUCCCUCCGUCCGAUCGGCCAAGGCGGAGUCGCACCAGGAGGGGAGCUGCCUAAGACGAUGAGCAUGCCGAACCGGCGCUCGGAGGCGGGGACGAGAUCGCUGGCCGAGGUCUCGGUGAACAUGGGACGCGUGGUGGGGCAAGCUCGCCUCGAGGAUGGGGACAGGCUGCGCGUGGGGCUUGCGCACUGCUUCCAGGUGGUGAUCCCAGAGGCACGGAAUCCCCACAGGGAGAAGGUCAUGUCCAUCGUCGACCAAAUCACGGUCGAGAACAGCACGCAGAGCCUGAUGGCCAAGGAGUACGUCUCCCACCUGCAGGACCGCAUCGGCGCCGAGAGGGCGGCGGGGGUGCUGCGGCGCCUGCAGGACCUGAAGAGACUGACGGACGAGGCCAACGAGACGACAGAGGAGAUGCGCGACGACAAGGACUUCGAGAUGGCUUUUGAGGUCCGCGUCCUCUACGACAUCACCGGGUCCGACAAGGAGAACGAGCUGGCCGUGGUGCUGCGGCGCACCGAGCUGCCCGACGACGUGACCCGCGCGGGGCCGCAGUGGGCCCAACCAGACUCCGGCUCCAACGCCCUCUGCGCCGUGUGGUCGGAGGCGGAGUUCCGCGCGCGCCUGGAGGCGCUCCGCGACCUGCGCCGGGAGGUGGACGCCCGGCCGGCGCCGUGGGGGGAGCCCGGCGACCCCGACCCGUGGAGCCUGGAGCUGCAGAUCCCGACCGUGGAGGGCCCCCAGGAGGCCGGCGAGCCGGGGCCCGCGCGGCGGGUGCGGCAGGCCGCCGCGCAGGCGGCGCGGGCCGAGGCGGAGGCGGCGGCGCUGCGGGAGGAGCUGGCGCGGGCCCGCGAGCGGCUGUCCGCGCAGGCGCUCGAGCUCGAGGCCCUGCGCGCGGCCGGCGCGCCCGCGGCGGUGGGGCCGGGCUCCCCGCGCGGCGCGCCCGCGCGGCGCUCCUUCGCGGCGCUCCCCGAGGCGGGGCGCGGCGGGCCCUCGCGGCUGGCGGCGCCCGCCGCGGCGCGCGCGCCCUUCGGCGCCUCCUCGCCGCGCGGCGCCGCCUCGCCGAGGGCGCCUGCGUCGCUGACCGCGGCCUCCGUGCGGCUGCUGUCGCCGCGCAGCCCGCAGGAGCCCGCGAGGAGCGGCCGGGCGCUCUCCGCCUCGUCCCGCGGCAGCCUGGGCAGCCCGCGCGGCGGCGCCUCCGUCGCCUCGCGCGGCGGCGGCUCCGUCACCUCGCUGCAGGCCAAGGGCGGCGCCAGGAGGCCCGCCCCGUCGGUGCAGAGCGGCCCGGCGGCCCGGGGCCACCUCUCGCCGGGCCACGCCGCGCCCUCCGCCACGCCGCGCGCGGCGGCGACGUCGCCGAGCCGGGGCGGCGCGGGCCGCGCCGGCAGCGCGGCGAGGGCGAGCAGUUCCAUCCGCAUCCGUCCGGGCGAGACGUUCGGGACUAAAAAGAUUUGGGCCAGGUCGGAGCAAAUGGGGUCGGAGGAUCGCGCUGCAUCGCCGAUGCAUCGCCGAUGCGGCUCGAUGUGGAGCCCGUGUUUCCCCACGCCGACGACGCCAAUGCAUCGCCGACGUCGCCGGUGCAUCGCCGAUGCAUCGCCGAGACAUCGGCGAUGUAUCGGCGAUACGGCGCGAUCCUCCACCCCCAUCUACCCCGACCCCAUCUAG